UCCCUUAUUGCAUCUUUCAUUCUAUGUCUAUGUUUUUCUAGGCACAAGUGGAGUUAAAGGUCAUGAUUCAUUAUAAAUACUGACUCAGUUCUAGUUUUACACCAUCACCUCUGAAAAUGUCUACCAAAGCAUUCCUCUUGGCUCUGCUUCUCCUUGGAGUGGUGUUCUUCACCACACCAUCCUCUGCUGACCGCCAUAAACCUCCCCACAAGCCACCACCAAAACACAAGCCACCUUCUGCUGAAGAGGACUCAGUAACCUUGGAUGGUGGCAAGCCACCAAAGUACAAGCCACCACCCAAACACAAGCCACCUUCUGCAGAGGAGGACUUGGUAACUGUUGAUGGCAAACCACCGAAACACAAACCACCUCCAAAACACAAGCCGCCUACUGCAGAGGAGGACUCAGUAACUGUUGAUGCUAAACCACCAAAACACAAGCCACCUUCCCUGGAGGAGGACACGGCAACCCUUGAUGUGCAUGGCAAGCCACCAAAACACAAGCCACCACCAAAACACAAACCACCAACGGCCAACUGAACGGUACUGUUUAGGUUGUAAGUUAAUAAAGCCUAAGAAUGUAUGUUAGAGAAAUAAGACAAGCAAUCCUUGUGAUUCAGUGUGUUUUGUUACUUUCAAAAGGGCUAUAUUUGUGGGACUUUAGUCAUGUUGGUUUUGUACUUGUUUGAGAAGCUUAUGAGUAUGAAAUGCAAUUUGCUGUUUCUUAAGUGUAGUUUCCAGUAAGCUAUCAUCUUCUUUUGAUUGACCCCACAAAGGACAAUGCACUAUUUUAGUACCUUGCAUGUUCUCCGCGUAGCAAGUACUGGUUG